AUGAGUGCAAAAGAGUUCACAAAUUUGUUGGUGGAAUAUAUAGUAAAAAGGGCAAUACAGGGAGACCGUGGCCAUGGGCAAGAUUUUAGCGAGAAAAUAUGGACGGACAUAAAGAGAAUGUUCUGGGAGUUACGCACAUAUGUGCAUGUAAAAAAGUACGACACAAUGAUACAGACAAUGUGUGAUCACAAAUCAUACAAUGCAGAUUAUCUUAAAGAUAUACGUAAUAAAGUCUUAUGCAUGGAGGUCGGCAAAAUAUUUUAUUAUAUGGAGGGAUUGAAUAAAAAAGGAACCGCACAGAGUAGUACGGAUCCAGGAGAACGCAAGCUGUGGAACUACUUAAGGUGCAUCAUAGGCACCUGGACCCUCAUGAGCUUACAUGGAAAGCAGUGUAAAAUCAAGGAAAUAACGACACAUGUUUCCAGCAUAAUGAAUAUGAUGGAGGCCUCCCUUGAACUUGGGCAUAAUAGGGAGAAGUGUGCUUGGGUUACAUUUGAGCAACUAAAAAUUGGAACACGCCUUAUGGGGGCAGCAAUGGACGAAUGGAUAACCGAAUGGAAAGGCAGCAGGGCUAGGAUCACGCACGGAAUUAGCGGAGAAACAUGUCAUAAGGUCCGAGAGACGACGAUAGGAGGACACGAUAGGGAGGAACAUGGAACAAGGACAAAUAUUGAAAUAACCAAGAGUGAAGAUUUGGACACAGUGGCGGGGUGGAUCAAGAAGAAGGAGUACCUACCGAAAGAUAGGGUAAACCAAAUAAUUGAAGAUGUCGGGGCGAGUAAUGACCCGCAGAACGGUGGAAACAAAAUAAAGGACGAAAUAGAGACAUGGGAGCAGGAACGGGCACGUUCGGGACGCCACAGCAGUACACAAUCCGAUAACACGGAACAACCACAGGCUUCUAAACCUGCCGCCACUGCCGCCGCAACAUCACACGGAUCGAUAGCGGAGAAAAGCAACAAGAAAGGGGACCAUAGUCACGACAACAAGGAAGACAAGAAGAAUGCAAAAACUGAUGAAGAAAGCAAAAUACAACAGACUCCACCACAAACAAAAGGUGCUGUAGCAGGAGCAACAGAACUUGGAAGGGCCGAUAGUCCAGCACCUGAUGUACCGCAAGUAGUUCCCCCAUCACAAGUAGAAGCACCUGCAUCUCCAGUAUUACCAGCAAGACCACCACCACCACCUCCUCCACCAAGGAGACCAUCCACGCCACGACCAGGUCCAGAAGGAGCAGGACAGCCAGCAGGGACACAUGGGACGUCGACAGACACGAAGGCUAAGGAUUCGGAUGCAAAGUCCCCAGGUAAGGCCACAUGUCCCGGCAGCAACGGCACAUCUACAGGUGUCUCCAUUAGUUGUGAGACUACCUCGGAUGAGGCAUUAGGCAUGACACCACAAGGCAAAACACUCCUGGCGGAGGCAGACAAGACCAAGGAAGAUAACACUGAUGACAAGCACGAGAGUUCAGACCAGCAGGACAGCACAUCCCCACCCUCAGAACAGACGCCACGGACACCACCACCAGAACCAGAACCAGAACCAGUCCCAACAACAUCCUCGAAUGGAGCAGAAGCGGCGUCCCCUGGUCCACGUGGUCCACCAGGUAAUGAUGGUGACGCCGGUGGUCAGGCCAUCGCCGAUGGCGGCAACGAUGACCCCCCUCCUCUCAAUCCACCCAAACCAAAACCGAACCCGAACCCAGAUCAAUCGGGGUCCAGCGGCGGCACCGGCGGAGGCGCCGACCAGUCCUCAGGAGGUACUGGAGGUGGUGUUUCUGGUGGGCAAGGAAAACGCGGAGGUGGGGGUGGUCACAAGGAUGGUGGAGCAGGUGCUGGUGUUGGUGGUGGUACGCGUGGUAGUAGUGGUGGUGGACGGGCUGCUCCUACCCCUACCACCCCAUCCGUUCCGCCCGGCCUCACAUGGGCAGAUGUCACGCCGUACACCCCCGCGCUUAUUCCCGCGAUGGUUGGUAUUGGGGUCAUUGCGUUCUUCCUAUGGAAGUACUUUGCGCACCUCGGCCACAAACGACGACGCACAUAUCGAACCGUUCGUGACGUGCCGUCACCGCCACUCGACGAAGAAAUAUUGCAGCAUUUACAACGCGGCCACCUGCCACCACCCGUUUACGGGUACACCAUGGUUAGGGAUAGGCAGCCCUGCAGAUUGCCCGCCGCACGCCGACGACGACGUCCUCCACGCGUGCGCACGCGCACGAUUAUCGAGCUCCAUUUAGAAGUGCUCAACGAAUGUGACGCGGCCGAAUGGGAAAACGUCAAAGACGAUUAUUUGCAAAUACUCGUUGAACAGUUUAUGGGGGGCAACAACACGUGUACAAGUAGCUCGGAUGUCUGUACCCCAGACGACGGUUUAGCAACCCAGGACUCAACAACAAACGCCGCUUCACCAACGCGGGAUCCACCCACGUAUUCCGACGGAACGGACACUUGUCCACCUAACGAAGAGGACCGAUGGAAUUGUAUCAAAAACAUACAGUUACCAACGGACCCUUGUCCACCGACCGACGACGACCCAUGGAGUUGUAUGGAAAACAUACAGUUACAAAGGGCCCGUUCUCCACCGAAUGCAGACGACCCCGAUGCAUGGAGGUGUAUGGAAACUAUACAGUUAGAAACGGACCAUUGUCCACCGCAUGCACACGACCCCGAUCCAUGGAGUUGUAUGGAAACUAUACACUUCGCCACGGACACUUCUCCACCUAACGAACAGGACCCCGAUCCAUGGAGUUGUAUGGAAAACAUACAGUUAGCAACGGACCCUUCUGCUUCUAACGACGAGGACUACGAUCCAUGGAGUUGUAUGGAAACCAUACAGUUAGAACACGAACACACUCCUUCUCCCCUCGCAUACUCUUCCGACCCCGGGAAUGACAUGCCGGCAUUAGACCGCACUAAGUGGAUCCCUUGGAUUGACCGCAACAAGCACCUAUUGCAGGCGUGCACGACGCAGCCGUGGUUUUUGCAAUUAAAAGCGGAUUGGAAACAAUAUCAGCUGAUGAAGAAACUGCAUGCAUGGAAACAAUGGGUCGAACAGCAACAUCGGAAAAUGAGUACAUACAAGGAAGAGGCGUGGUUCAAACAUUUGUUGCAUAAUGUACAGGAGGCGACAGUGUCGGAAAAAGGCGAAGUAUCAGUAGUCGAAAAAGACUUAGAAGUGGACAAAGUAAUGGCCGCAGAAGACUUGCUACAAGUGAGCGAUGUACCACGGUCACAACCACUGCCUCAGCAACCUUACAUGAAAAAAUCGUUAACCGCUCAAACAUGGAUACUGAUCCUGGCAUUAGUCAUAGAACAGUGCGAAGUCGAACGCAGUUUGCAGGAUAGGGAGUUAUAUGUGGAUGACCUAUUGCAAAAGCUCUGA